GUGAAACUUCCUUGACCAAUGAGAGCUACCGAUGGGUCUGCUAAGCCACGCCUACCUCCCUGCAAAAAGAAAAGAAAAAAAACACUCAUCCAAGUCACUUCAUGUUCGUCCUCAGUGCAGGGCAACAGACACUGUGACAUCUGAACAUGGUUUCCCUCAUUAAAAGCUGUCCCUUCUAUGCCCGGGACCCCACCAUAUUCCUACGGGCUACCCGCCCUUUGCUCCUACGAAGUGCUGAGCGCUGUCCAGUCAUGGUGACCCGGAGCCUGGCCACUUCCGUGGAACUCCAGCAAAGGAAUAAGGACACUGUGCCGCCCGCUGGAGUCUCCACUGGAGCCUCCAACAGGCGUACCUUGGCUCAAGCUGCCCCACAGGCUGCUACAGCGACCAGCAAGUGCCCAUUUAUCGAGACCGAGAUGGAAAGAGGCGAGAGCAUGAUUGUGCAGGAAGCUCGGCCAGAGGUGCAGGAGGAUCUGAGGAUGUUCAAGACAGAUGCUCUUAACUCCCUGCUGAAGGAAGUUCAGACCAGCCUGAAAAAGAAAUUCCUGGGAAUUCCUCAAAAAGUAAACCUUGGAACGGGCGCUCCCCUCACUCCAACGCAUCUCAUUAAACAGAACAUGACAGGUGGAGCUGCCUUUGGCUACGAUGAAUUCUUCAGCCGGAGGAUUGAGGAGAAGAAACGUGACCACACGUAUCGGGUGUUCAAAACCGUGAACCGCAGGGCAGAUGCCUACCCGUUCGCUGAGGAUUACUCUGACCUCCAGGGCGAUAAGAAGGAAGUGUCUGUUUGGUGCAGCAAUGAUUACCUGGGCAUGAGCAGGCACCCAAGGGUGCUGCAAGCAAUCGCGGAGACCCUGGGGGAGCAUGGUGCUGGGGCUGGCGGAACCAGGAAUAUAUCCGGUACCAGCAAAUACCAUGUGGACCUGGAAUGUGAACUGGCAGAUCUGCAUGAUAAAGACGCGGCCCUGCUUUUCUCUUCUUGUUUUGUGGCAAAUGAUUCCACCCUUUUCACACUGGCAAGGAUGCUGCCAGGCUGUGAGAUUUACUCAGAUGCUGGGAAUCAUGCUUCCAUGAUCCAAGGAAUCCGAAACAGUGGUGUCGCCAAAUAUGUCUUCCGUCACAACGAUCCUGCUCACUUGGAGGAGCUGCUCCAGAAAUCAGAUCCAAAGAGGCCCAAGAUCGUGGCAUUUGAAACCGUUCACUCUAUGGAUGGAGCUAUCUGCCCUCUGGAGGAGAUGUGUGACGUAGCACACAAAUAUGGGGCGCUGACAUUUGUGGAUGAGGUGCAUGCGGUGGGCCUAUACGGAUCACGUGGAGCAGGCGUUGGUGAGAGAGAUGGAGUCAUGCACAAGAUGGAUAUCAUUUCAGGAACUCUGGGGAAGGCUUUUGGCUGUGUUGGUGGCUAUGUGGCCAGUACAGCUUCUCUCAUAGACACCGUGCGCUCUUAUGCCGCCGGCUUCAUCUUCACAACUUCCCUUCCACCAAUGGUGCUGGCUGGAGCAGUAGAGUCCGUGCGUGUCCUGAAGAGCGAGGAAGGACAGUCCCUCCGCCGUGCUCAUCAGCGUAAUGUGAAGCACAUGCGCCAGCUCUUGAUGGAUGCAGGGCUACCUGUCAUCAACUGCCCCAGCCAUAUCAUCCCUAUUAGGGUUGGGAACGCAGCUUUAAACACCAGAAUUUGUGACGUUCUUCUGUCCGAGUAUGACAUUUACGUGCAGGCCAUCAACUACCCCACCGUGCCACGAGGUGAAGAGCUUCUCAGACUUGCUCCCUCACCCCACCACACUCCCGCUAUGAUGAGCUACUUUGUGGAGAGCCUUGUGAAGGCCUGGAAAGAGGUUGGGAUGCCCCUGCAGCUGCCAUCGGCCGCAGAGUGCAAUUUUUGUCACCGUCCGCUCCACUUUGACCUGAUGAGUGAAUGGGAGCGUACCUACUUUGGGAACAUGGAACCCAAGUAUAUCACCAUGUACGCUUAAAUGUAAACAAGAUCCUUCAGCACCCACGGAGACACAUCCUUCUACGCCUGAAGACGCACAAAAUUAUAUUACAUGUUGCCCGUCACCCACUUUUACCAUGAACCUCAGCAUCUUCUUGGGCCUUUUUACCCUGGCUGCCAGUCCUAUUCAUGGAUUGGCUCCAUUAUCUUUAUCAGACCAAUUAGACUAAUUGUCUUAGACCGAACUAGUUAUUUAAACUCAAAUUCAUGUAUGCAGCAGGAAGGUGCAACGUAUACCAUCUAGUAAAAUGACCAUCUCCAUUGUUAAAGAGUGUUCCUACAUACAGGUUUGUCAAUUUUUCAGUCCCUGUCUCCCCAGACAUUUUUAAAGCUCUUAGAGUCCAUGGCUUGUUGGUGGGUGUGUUGGUUCCAUUGUUCACACUUAAAGAUUACUGACAAUAUCAUUAUUAUUGGUGUGUCGAGCAUUUUUCUAUAAA